CAUGCGGUCAUUCGAGCACAAGAAUCUCCCUUCGGUUUUCGCAUUCUUGUCGCGACGCUCAUAGUGAUGUCGACUCAAUUCCCAUCGCUCAAGCGCGCCCAGACGGACCUCCCGGCGCAGCCAACAAGUCCACUCCGGCACACCGGCUCUAACGCGUCUACCAACUCAUCUGCCUACUCCAUCGCGUCAAGCUCUUUCGCGCCGAGUCGCACCAGCACUGUCUCGUCAAAUGGGUCGAUACCAGGAAACCUAGGCCAUUAUCGGGGCAAGAGCGAAGUCACGCCCGGUGCGAUGGAUUUCUCCGAGCGCGGAAUCUCCUCCAACGCUGGGACAACAUACGAAAGCAUCCGCCGUUCCCUGCGGCCUCUGCAACAAGCUCCUAACAUCACCUCGUCUCCUCCGAAAGCCGCCGCCUAUCGUCAUUCGCGCAGCAACACCAUUGAUGAGCACCACUACCCUAAGGAAAACCGACCGAUCACACCAGACGCGCAUCAAAUCCAUCUCAAGGAGAAUGAAUCACCCCGCUACAGAGCAGCAGCAUUCGAGCCUCAAACACCCCCUCAUGGAGUUUCCCCACGCCAUUGGUCGCCCACCCCGACACCAGGAUCACCCCGGCCCGCAUCGCCCCAGAAGGCUUUGUCGAAUAGUCCUCACCCGCCUCCGUUGACCACCGCCCUGUCCGCCCCGGAUCUCGAAACCUUCCAAAAGUCUUCAACCCGCCACCUCCGAACCCUCUCCAAAAUUGCGCAAUCUGGCGAAACUGAAGAGUUCCAAUUUGGCUCCGGAACAGCUUCUGUCACCGGACUAUCGGGGCGCCGCCGACUCAAGCGCGCCGACUCAGUGGCUGGAAGAAGUGGCGCGAUCUCUCCAGAGAAGCCGAAGACUUCAUCAUGGGCGGCAGGGAACUGGAUGGACGCGCAGCGACAGUUCUUGCAAGCCUACGAGUACCUCUGUCACAUCGGUGAAGCCAAGGAAUGGAUCGAAGAAGUGAUCCAAAAGCAAAUUCCGCCGAUUGUUCAACUGGAGGAGGCACUACGGGAUGGUGUGACGCUGGCAGAGUUGGUCCAAGCCAUGUACCCCGAUACCCCUUUGAGGAUCUUCCGAAACCCCAAGCUGCAGUACCGCCACUCCGAUAACAUCGCCCUAUUUUUCCGAUUCCUCGAUGAUAUUGAGCUACCAGAGCUCUUCAGGUUCGAAUUAAUCGAUCUGUACGAGAAGAAGAACAUCCCCAAGGUUAUUCAUUGUAUCCACGCAUUGUCAUGGCUACUGUUCAAGAAUGGCAUGUUGGAUUUCCGUAUGGGCAACCUGGUUGGACAGCUCGAGUUCGAACACCAUGAGCUUGAGAAGACUCAAAAGGGUCUCGAUAAGUCCGGUGUCAGCAUGCCCAGUUUCGCUGGUAUGGCCGCGAAUUUUGGGGCAGAGCCUGAGCCGGAACCGGAGCCCAUCGAGACAGACGAGGAACGAAUUGAUCGUGAGCUGCACGAGAACGAGGAUGUCAUUCUUGACUUGCAGGGUCAAAUACGUGGUGCAAUGCUGCGUAUGAAGCUUGGCAGUAUGAUGAAUGAUCUAUGGGAUUGGGAGCCCAUGUUGGUUGAGUUGCAAUCGCGCAUUCGUGGCGAUUGGGCACGCCAAAUCAGCGGAUACCGUCUCAGCAUGCGUCAAUUCGCGGUCCAACUUCAGGCCAUUAGCCGCGGAUGCAUUGUUCGUAGUCGUCUACGCAGCCAAAUGCAUUGGCAAAAAGCCCAUGAGAAAGAUGUUCUUCAGCUGCAAAGUCUGAUCCGUGCCUCCAAGGUGCGAGCUCAAGCCAAUCUUCUCCAGAAUCGCGUUCGCUGUGAAGAAUCUGGAAUCAAGCACUUCCAAGCCGCCAUUCGGGGUGCGCUGUCACGAAAGAAUGUCUCUGAUCAAUACAACGAGAUUGAAUACGCCGAAAACGAUGUUACGACCCUUCAAGCCCUGAUCCGUGGUGCCCUGCGACGCAAUCAACUGAGUGUACAGUAUCAAGAUGUGAAACAGGCCAAUGACCGAGUCAAAACACUGCAGGCAGUGAUUCGGGGUACACAUGCCCGUCAGCACCUUAGCCAACUCAAGUCCUCUCUUCAACACGCAACUCCUCAUAUCACCCAGCUUCAAGCGGCCUUCAGGGCUCAAAAGGCCAGAAAAAACCACUCCCAAAUCUUGGGCUCUCUUGCCAAGUCUGAGAAUGAAUGGAUUGCUCUGCAAGCCUUCACACGGGGAGCCGCUGUGCGAAAGAAAAAUGCGGCUCUCCGUGCAGAGCUCACGAAACAUCGCUCGUCACUUAUCGAUUUACAAGGUAUUCUGAGGGGCAAUGCGCUCAGAGCCUCCUUGAAAAACCAGCAGGCUGCCUUGAUGAAGGAAGAGGCCAGAAUUCUAGACUUGCAAUCCGUGGCCAGGGCUUUCAUGGUACGCAAACAUCUGGAGGCCGAACGCAAAGGCCUUCAAAAGCAGGAACCCGUUAUCGUGGAGCUUCAGGCCCUUUCCCGCGCGGCUUUAGAGCGCAUUAAAGUUGGGAAUAUUCUCACCCGCCUCGAGGAGAGUGAACAGGAAAUUAUCCAGCUUCAGGCAUUUUCGAGAGCCAUGAUGGUCCGAGUUCAGGUCGGCAACCUGCUCACAGAUCUCGAGGAUGAAGAGGAAGUUAUUACCGACUUCCAAUCCCGUAUCAGAGGAAUGAUCAUCCGCAAUCGCUUCGAGGAGCGACGACGCCACUACAACGAGAACAUGGAGAAGGUCAUCAAGGCUCAAAGCGUCAUCCGAGGUCGUAUUCAGGGUCAAGCGUACAAGAGUCUGACAAGCGGCAAGAACCCCCCUGUCGGAACAGUCAAGGGAUUCGUCCACCUAUUGAACGACAGUGACUUUGAUUUCGAUGAGGAGAUCGAGUUUGAACGUUUGAGAAAGGUGGUUGUUCAGCAAGUGCGGCAGAAUGAGAUGGCUGAGCAGUACAUCAGCCAGCUGGACAUCAAGAUCGCGUUGCUCGUCAAGAACAAGAUCACUCUCGAUGAAGUUGUCAAGCACCAGAAGCACUUCGGUGGCCACAUUGGCAAUUUGCUUUCCAACACCGAAAUUUCCUCAAAGGACCCUUACGACCUCAAAGCUCUGAACAAGACAUCACGGAGGAAGCUGGAUCAAUACCAGGUGUUCUUCUUCCUUCUCCAGACCCAAUCGCAAUACUUGGCUCGUCUGUUCCGCCGCCUUCGUGAGAUCAAUACGUCGGACAAGGAAUAUGAAAGAGUCAGGCAUUUGAUGAUGGGUCUCUUCGGAUACUCGCAAAAGCGACGCGAGGAGUACUAUCUCGUCAAACUGCUUGCACGAUCCGCCAAGGAAGACAUCGAAACGUUCGCCUCUCUUCCUGAAUACUUGCGCUCGACUUCCUUCUGGAACAAGCUUUUUGGCUCAUACGCCAAAUCUCCUCGAGAUCGCAAGUUUAUGCGCGAUGUUCUGGGCACUGUUGUGCGGGAGUCUGUCAUUGAGAACCCCGAACUGGAUCUCGAGAGCGAUCCAAUCCAAAUUUACCGCUCAUCCAUCAACAACGAAGAGCUUCGCACAGGUCAGCGUAGCCGAAGGCGACCAGAUCUACCACGUGAAGAAGCCAUCCGCGACCCUGAAACUCGAGAGACCUUCAUCCAGCAUUUACAGGACCUUCGCGAUAUCGCCGAUCAAUUUUUCGCUGCGUUCGAGGACUUCCUGUUCCACAUGCCCUUCGGUAUCCGCUAUAUCGCUCAGCAGAUGUACGAAAACCUUCUUGCGCGAUUUUCAAACGAGGAUCCCGGAUUCAUUUUGCAAACAGUCGGACACUGGGUUUGGAGGAAUUAUUUCCAGCCUGCAGUGCUGGAGCCCGAGAGGUAUGGCGUGGUGGACCGAGGUCUUACCCAGGAACAAAAGAGGAACCUGAGCGAGAUUUCCAAGGUGGUGGCUCAAGUUGCUUCUGGGAGACUCUUUGGAGCCGAGAAUGUCUAUCUCCAGCCACUGAACACCUACAUCGGGGAAUCGAUCCAAAGGCUCGGGAGAAUUUGGGGCCAGAUGAUUUCGGUUCAGGAUGCUGAGUCCUACUUCGACAUUGACGAGUUCAACGAUCUUUACGCCAAGGCCAAGCCCACUUUGUACAUUAAAAUGUCCGACAUCUUCUCGAUUCAUCAACUUGUGGCCUCGGAAAUCGAAUUCAUGUGCCCGAACCCCGACGAUUUCCUCAAACAGCUCAUUCGCGACCUCGGAAACGUGAAGAGCAACGAAAAUGAAUUGAUGAGUGUCAGCACGACUGAGAUCAACCUGACUUUGAAUCCCAAGUUAGCCCAGGUUGAAGAUCCGGAAGCGGAGAUCAAGGCACUCUUCAUGGAGACCAAGAGAUGCAUUUUGUACAUAAUCCGUGUCCAGAGUGGAGCAAGCUUGAUGGAUAUCAUGCUCAAGCCUCCGACCGAGGAAGAUGAGCAACGAUGGGAAACCCUGGUGCGAGACGAACUCAACACAAACAACCCUCGACGAGGUGCCUAUUCUGAGGCUAGCACUUUGAUUGAUAUCGGAUCGAUGGCCUACACGGAACUCAAGAGUACCGCUCUUGAGAACAUUCUGCGUCUUGAACAGGCCGGCAAAAUCAGUCGACACAACCACUAUCAAGAUCUACUCAAUGCCAUCGCAAUCGAUAUUCGCACAAAGCACCGCCGGAGAAUCCAGCGAGAGCGCGAACUGGAGGGUGCACGUCUCACUUCAGCCCGUCUGAGCGACCAGGCGAUCUAUCUCGAUCAACAGCUCAAGACUUACAACGACUACAUUGAGCAGGCCAUGAUCACGUUACAAAACAAGAAGGGAAAGAAGCGAUUCCUCAUGCCCUUCACCAAGCAAUGGGAUCAUCAGAGAGAACUGCAAAAGUCGGGCAAGGUAUUCAAGUUCGGAUCGUACAAGUAUUCCGCCCGCACUCUGGCCGACCGAGGUGUCCUGGUUUCUUGGAAGGGCUACAGCGAUCGCCAAUUUGAGCGAGUUGACUUGACCAUCUCCAGCAACGAGGUUGGAGUAUUCACCAUUGAUGGCAGCAGUGGCAACAUGAUGGUGCCCGGUGCCAAUGCGCAGGUACCGCUAGACGACCUGUUGCAGGCACAAUUCAACAACACACAGUUUAUGGACUUCUUCGACGGGCAGAUGCGGGUGAAUGUGAACCUCUUCUUGCAUUUGAUCAUGAAGAAGUUUUACAAUGAAUAA